AUGAAACACAAGAACGGGAGUGGUAGCAGUGAACACCUAGAUUCGGAGUUUGAUGUUACUUACAGCGUCAAAGAUGAUGACAAGAUGGUUGGCCGUGCGUCUUCCUCUUCUUUCUCUUCUUCCUCUUCCUCAUCGUCUUCACAUCCAAUGGAAGUAAAUGGUGGUGAAAAUGAUGUGAAAUUCCCAGAAUUUGAAGAAAACGAAUCUAUCUCGCUAAGAUCAAAUAAUACGGAAUCAGCAAAAACGAGUUCAUCUGGGAGACUAACAGUGAAUUUAUCAUCAAUGGCUUCACCACGAUUCUCUGAUUUCGAUACAUCAAAUGCAUCUCCAAUACAAUCCCCUCCGAUCCAAGUGAUGGCGCAUUCCGAUGACUAUGAUCCAAACAGGAUCCCCUCAUCUAUAUUUUCUCCAAAACAGAGUGAUGAUUCGGAAUGGAGUGCAGCGUCGAAUGAAUCGUUAUUCAGUAUCCACAUGGGGAGCAAUAGCUUCUCCAUGGAUAGUGAUUUUUUUUAUAAGCCAGUCUGGAAAACUUCACUGGCUGGACGAUGGAUUCGAGGUUCCGACGGAGGGGCUCGUAAUUCGGAUUCAAGUUCCCAAAGCACUGGUUCAUUUGCAUUCCCUUUACUUGCAGAGGGGAGUCCGGUGAAGGAAGAAGCUGGAAAACCUCAGUCACCAUCAUCAACGCCGCCAACGCCUGCUGGAGCAGCGGAGGCAGAAACUACACCACCGCCUGCAGCUCCCGCCACAACCCCUAAAGCUGGUGGCAACCAAUGGUUCAAUUGCUUCAUGUUUCCCAAUUUGUUGUUGACGAGACACGAUUGAAUGAGAAAAUUCAAGGACUUGCCCACCUGUUUUCGAGAUCUCGAUAGCCCAACUGCGCCGAUUUAACAAAUCAGAUCCUCUUUGUAAUGAAUAAGAAGCUAAGUAUUUAUUAUAUACAUGCAGAUUUUUAUCUUCUAAAAAUGUUUUAGAGGAUAAAAUCUUAUAUUAUGUUCCUUGGCUCAUUUUAGCACUUUUUGAUGCUAAUAAAAUGAGGUCGACUUUUAUUUUGGGUAUACGAUAAUCUGAUCACUGUUUGGGUUUGUA